AGAGCGAAUCCAGCGCCAGCGAGGGCGAGUCGCCUGCCUUCAGCUCGGCCUCCAGCGACUCGGACGGCAGCGGUGGCCUCGUUUGGCCACAGCAGCUGGUGGCGGCCUCCGCGGCCUCCGGGCCCGGGGGCGGUGCCGGCGGAGGGGCCCCCGCGGGCCCCGCCAAAGUCUUCGUGAAGAUCAAGGCUUCCCACGCGCUGAAGAAAAAGAUCUUGCGUUUCCGUUCGGGUUCUCUCAAGGUCAUGACUACAGUAUGAGUUUGGGGGUUCUCGUGGGCUCCCCCUUCAUGGCCUCUGCACCUCCACACUCCAGAUGGCUGACCCUUCCACACCCACCUUCCAAAGACCACCGUGUUCUCUGUUUCCAAAGACCCUCCUCGCUCCCGUCCAAGGUGGUCUUGGGCGGAAGGGCCCCACUGCAGGGCGGAACGGGGGAGAAGCCCUGGCUUCCGAGCUCUUGGGCAAGGAAGUUCCCCCUGUGUGGGUCUCACUUUCCUCAUCUGUACCAUGGGCGUCCAUGUAUGCAAAGGGGUGGUUCGACUUGAAUCCCCGUUUUAGUGUAGAAGCUUGGUCUGUUGCCCUUCACUUUGUCACCGAGUGCUCUCAUCCCUCCUUUCCCUGCCCACAUAGGGCCCCUCUAAUUCACAAAGUGCCCCCUCCAUGGCCCUGGACCCCUAGGAUAUCUCCCCUUGGAACCCCGGUCACAGACUCUGCGUCUGACUCACGCGGUGCCUGCAGAGUGCCCUAGAAAGGGAAGGAGCACGGACUUGGGGGUUUUGAGGGUCAAGUAGGAGUUGGCAACACCUGGAAAUGACUCUUUUACCUACCUCUAUCCCUGGACAGAGGGAGGAUUGGGAGGUAAAAGAGGGGAAGGAAGAUGGUUUCCAUCUGGUGCCCCACCCUUGUGAGAGAGAGUGGGGAAAGCAGGUGACCCUCAGCUGUUCCGAUUUAGGUUUUUUUUGUUUCUGUUUUUUAAGAGUUACUGUAUUUAUUAUGACGAUGGUGACUCCCCGGUGCACAGGGGGGCCAGAUUCUGUGUGUUUCUCUAACCUCUUUGUAAAUAAAUGCACAAAGUGACCUA